UUUAAUAUAUGACACCAUUCUAUUUUGAAGUCCCUCCUGCUAUGAUAUUAGUUGCAAUAUCGCCAAUGACCCACGUAAUACAUCGUGUACGUGUAUAAAAUACAACAAACCAACUCUAAUAAAGGAUAUCAACUGCACAGGUUCAGAAACGGAAGGCAAAAAUAAAAUACCCCAUGUGAUUGACUUGUCUUUUCUGUAUUCACCAGUUCAUCACCUAGGCAAUACACCACCCGGAACGUUCCCUCCGACUACAACAUUUUUUCUAAAAGCGGGAAACCCAAUAACCGGAGCUGCAGAUCCUAUCAAUAAGAACCCUUUAGUAUUCGCAUUAAGUCGUGUUCUUAUGGAUGAACACAAUAGGCUGGUCAAUAAAAUGACUCAAUUUGGUGUACCAAACCCUUCAGGUGAAGCAAGGAAGUUACUGAUUGGAAUAUUCCAGCAUAUUACGUACAAUGAAUAUUUACCGAUGUUGCUCGGUGCCAACACUCCAGUUAGAUCUUUGCCUACAGGUACUCGUACUCCCAACAGUACCCUUCCUAUGGUUUUUCAUUCUUUCACCCUUGCCUAUACAUUAGCAAUGGCUUCGAUGAUGAGAGAAACUGUAACUAUCGUUCCAACUUCAAAUGUUAAUCUGAAAAGUAUCAUAAACGACGCAACACAAAUAGACACUGACGUCAAACUCGCAAGCAUCACUAAAGGAAUGCUGAUUGACUGCAGUUUAAAACUCGGAAAACAAAUACCUUGUGAUUUUCGAAACGAUUGUGCAUAUUCUGAUAUAGUGGCGAUCGCAAGUCAAGAUACGCAGUUUUGGGGAAUACCAACAUACUACAUUUGGCUGUAUAUCUCAAAUUCAUUACCAGCUGAAAAUUUGCCCUUACAGGAUACUGCACAUAAAACCAAGUUGCUCGAUUUAUAUGGGAACCCUUACGACAUUGGUUUCCUACCUGGAGGUUUUUUGGAAACAAUAACUGGUCCCAGUAUGCUUGGACCAACGUUAACAAAACUCUUUGAAGAGCAAUUUAAGAAGCUGCAGGAAGGUGACAGACUCUAUUAUGAGCAUGAUGGUGUAUUCGAGUCUUACCAACUUCGACAGAUCAGAAAUAUGACUAUGGCUCGCCUAUUGUGUCGUAACGUAAACGGUUUAACUGAAGUAAAAGAAAAGGCUUUUAACUGUAGUUCGAUCGAAGUUGACUGCUCUAGUUUACCUGAUAUAGAUUUUUGCGAAUAUCAUUGUAUCUCAAGAGAAUGGUCCGAUUUCGGAUCCAUUUCACCAGUAUGUACUAAAAUUGAUAUACAAGUACGUUAUUGUAAGUCAACCAAUCCAACUCAGUGUCCUUGCAUCGACAUUCCAUUUAGAUUGACUCCGUGUCCAAAUGCUCUGGCGGAUAAAAGAAUGGUGGCAUUAUUGAAUAUGUAUGCGAUAAAGGCGUCUAAGAUAUCGGAAUUCAUCGCUUAUUAUAUUGGCGGUUAUAACGCAACUUUGCACGAUAAGAUAACAGAUGGAUUUAUACAAUGGAUAGGAAAUCCAUAGAAUUCUACAAAGUGAUGAGUAGCAGUGACAACAGUAACAAUAGACUAGUAGAAGUAAUAGUGUCAUAAGAAAGAACAGUAAAUGAAAUAGAAGUAGUAAAUGUAUACAGAUUUUUAUGAAUGUAAAGUUUAUUUGAUGAAUGUAGAAUAUAAAUAAAAGAAUGUGUGUGUGUGUGUGUGUGUGUGUGUGUGUGUGAGUGUAGCACAUGUGAAUCGUUGACUAUUUCUUUCCUCCGUCUUCCUUUUGCAUUGGACUUUCCUCUGUUUCUCAGGAAGAGCUUUGCUCGAACCGUAAACCCACCUUUCUUUCUUUUCCUGAGCAUCCAUCAAUACUUUAC